CCACUGCUGACACACCACGAACAGCAGCAACAAGCAACAGCAACAAACAACUUCACCACCUUGCUGUUGGCUCGCUGGCUUGCUUGGCUUCCUCCCUCCACACACGCACCGCGCACAUACGCACACACGCGCGCACGCAAGCAUGAAGUCUGUUCAGGUGUUGAUCCGCUACAAGCGGGAAGAAAUCAACGCAGCCAUCGAUGCCCUCUUGAACCCAUCUCAGAUUGCCCGGAUAUGCAAACAGCCAGCCGCGUCCGUGGUCAAGGUGAUUCACAAGGGCAGGGUCAUCAAGCCGGGAGAACCCGUCCCAGACAAAGCAAAGCUGCUCGUCAUGAUUGUCACUGCGAGUGAUGAGCAGCGCACAAAGCAGCUGCCCUGGCCCCUGAGCAUCUUGGAAGCCUACCUGCCAGAACACAUCGUGGAAGCCAUCCUGUCGUGGACAAACUGGGUGUAUUCAACCGUGAGCAGCAUUUGGCAGACGAUUCAGCCGUUUUCUUCCAUUGACCAUUCGCGCGGCAAGUCGUACCGCAUCGAGAAAGGCGACACCAUCACGCUGUCUGUCUCCUUCUCGGGCGAGAGCGAGGAUGAGGAGAUGACGUGUCACUGGACGGCAAACGACUGCGGUCGCAUCACAACAGACGCAAAGCAAACAUUCAAGGGCAAAGGCCCACACAAGAGCCACGCUACAGUGGAAUCAACUGGCGCUGCCGGCACUGUCACGUGCGUCAUCUGCUCAACAGCAGCAGACAGCAAGGACCAGACGGAGGUGUUCUGGUUCGACGAGACAGAUUAAGCAUGAGCGUUGGUGUUGUUCCCACCAACCGAGCGGUCCUUCAAGCUCAACCCUUUUCAGUGUGUGAACAGGUGCACACAUAUGAGUGGCUCUUUGAGCGCUGUAUUCUUCCGGUGCGCUGCGGUGUGGUACUUCUACCUGCUGUUACCUUCCCUUGCCUCCCCUCCCCCCGGGUUCCUGCAACAACGUCUUUUCAACCUGCCUGCCCGUGCCCUGUUAUCUUUAUUCGCGCCGUGUUACAAGUUGCCCCCUCUUGCUUGCCACCUCGACUGUUUGUUUGCCGACCACCCCCCCCCCCCCGCAAG